AUGUGGAAGCGAACCUUUGUGUUCAAUUUGGUAUCGAGUAUUGUUCUUGCUGAGCUGAUUAAAAAGGCAUACAACAAAUUAUAUUUCUGCAUUAUUUUGUGUACAGACAAAACAUAUAGCGGUCUCUUAACACCGGAAUGUGUGAAGAAUUACAAUCAAAUGUACAUAACGAGGGAGGUGCCACCGCGGCGGUAUUUAUACCACCAUGAGAUCCUCGCUGGUCUUGAAGAACUUGAAAAAAGUGCGAAUAUUGAUAUAGGCUUUAGGAUAGUGGGGGGUAAAAAAAUAUCCAUUGAAAUGGCGCCUUACCAAGUCUUGUAUGGAAAGUAUUGUGGAGGGACCUUAAUUGCACCAGAGUGGGUCCUCACUGCUGCUCAUUGCAAUGUUAAAGAACCAUUUGUCUACGCUGGUUCAACGCAACGAGAUCAUACCAAAGGGUACCGUAUAUGCGCGCACUUCUUGCAUCCGCUCUGGGAUCAAGCAAACCCUCGUGACCACGACUACGACUACCAGCUGGUACUCUUGGACAGACCAAUACCAGUGACACCAGCGUCUAGGCCGAUUGCUAUCGGUUCACACAGUGACAUUGUGGCUGGUCAGAUGGUUUCUGUUACCGGUUGGGGACAUUUGGCAUUCAAGAAAAGCGGAAUGCAAAAUAUUCUCCGUCGAAUAUACAUUCCAAUAAUGUCACAAGAAAAAUGCAGUCUUAUGGACAACGAGGUCUACCAGAAGUUAACUCCGCGAAUGUUUUGCGCUGGUUAUGUUGAGGGUAACAAGGAUUCGUGUCAGGGUGACUCCGGAGGACCUGUCGUAAUAAAUGGCAAAGUGGUUGGUUUAGUUUCAUAUGGCGUGGGAUGUGCAGCCCCCAACAAGCCUGGAGUAUACUCGAACGUACCGGCUGCAAGAGACUGGAUAAGGAACGUCACCGGUCUGCCGUUGUAGUAAUAUUUAGUUAUAAGUGAUUUAAUAAAUAUAUUUAU